AUGGCUAUACCUAAGGUAUUGGUAGUGGCUGAGAAGCCCAAGAUUGCCGAGGUGCUUGCCAGCAGUCUGUGCACCGACGGCGAUUCUCUGCGUAAACGCAAAGGGAAAUCGAACGCUUGCAUGACAUGGGAAUGUCGAGGUCGCUUCUUGUCUUCAGCGGCCGACUUCGUGGUGACUUCGACAGCAGGUCAUGUCUACUCCGCGGCCUUCGCUUCGCGCUACAACAACUGGUCGUCAACUGACCCGUUGGAUUUGUUUGAUGCGGAUAUUGUGUUUGAGGAGGCGACUCCCGAGAAUCACAUUCCGCAGCACCUGGCUUACGAAGCUAAGGGCUGCAGCUACCUGCUGUUAUGCCUAGACAAUGACAGGGAAGGGGAGAACAUCGCCUUCGAGGUCAUCGGCAUAUGCCGUCCGCAUCUGGUUGAUUUGGGCCGUAAGCAGAUUUACCGCGCCAGAUUCUCUGCUCUGAGCAAAGAUGAUAUUCUGCGCGCAAUGGGCAGCUUAGGCGCGCCUAACAAGCUUGAGUCUGACGCAGUACACGCCCGGCAGAUAAUCGACCUGCGAGUGGGCUGCGCAUUCACGCGUUACCAGACGAAGUUCUUCCAGGAGAAGUAUGGCGAUUUGGACUCGUCCUGCAUAUCGUAUGGCCCGUGCCAGACCCCUACGCUAUUCUUUUGCGUUGACCGCUACAACGCGAUACUGAGGUUCCAGCCUGAGCCGUAUUACAAGCUCACCGGAGAGGCGUUGUGCAAAGGUACAAGGGUACGGCUCACGUGGUCUCGAGGUCACGUGUUCGACAAGUCUGUAAUCCAGAUUUUUCACAAGGCGGUAUGUGGCAUUCAUCCGUCCGUGACACUUGAGCAGUUACGGGACGCCACUCACGGCAAGGUCACCGCCGUGAGCGUGAAAAAGUCAAGCCACUCUCCACCAAAGGCGCUGAAUACUGUGACCAUGCUGAAGGAAGCGUCAUCGCGUUUGGGCAUGGGGCCGCAGCGUGCCAUGCACACCGCUGAGCACCUGUAUUUGUCUGGUUACACUUCGUACCCCAGGACUGAGACUGACAGCUACCCUACUUCGUUCAACUGGGAAGAUCUGGUGCGCAAAUGCCGAUCAACUCCUGAGUACGGCAAUUUGGUGGAAACUCUCAUGAAGUCUGGCACUCCGUUGGGACCUCACGGUGGGCGUGACGCCGGAGACCACCCUCCUAUAACUCCCGUGCGUCUCGUAUCUCAGGGCGUGUUGACCGGCGACGACUGGCGUUUGUAUGACCUGAUCGUUCGUCACUUCCUGGCGUCGAUUGCCGGGCCAUGCAAGGUGGAGACCACUACGUACACUAUUAACGUGAACGAUGAGUUGUUCCAGUUCAGCACGUCUAGGAAGCUGGAACGCGGCUACACCAUCGUAUCGCCUUCAUCGGAUGAUAAUGUAGUGAGCACGGUGUCGCUUGCCAAGGGCGACAAGUGCGAGGUGGCGAACUUCAGCAUAGAGGAAGGCGUCACGUCACCUCCACCGCUGCUGUCGGAGUCCGAUUUGCUUGACUCCAUGGAGAAGAAGGGCAUCGGCACUGACGCCUCCAUGGCCACCCACGUUCACAACAUCAUAGCUCGUAACUUCGUGAAGCUGGUCGGUAACCGUCAAGUUGAGCCCACUAAGCUCGGCAAAUCGCUACUGGACGGCUACAUGCAGAUAGACCCCGAGCUCGUGCUUCCGAGCGUGCGUGCCACCAUCGAGAGUUACUGCAACAUGAUCGCCGAAGGCAAGGCCGAAUGCGCCGAUGUGAUUCGCCAUGUCUGCCGCAUGUUCCGUCUGAAAUUCGAGUAUUACACGAGCAAGAUCGAGUUGAUGAACUCUCUGUUUGAGACCCAUUUCACUCGCGUGGAAAAUUUUGGGACGCCCAUGAGUCGCUGCGGCAUCUGCAACCGUUACAUGCUGUUCCUUAACAAGGCGCCGAUGCGUCUGUUUUGCAGGAACUGCUCGCGAGAGUACUCGCUGCCAAGCGGCGGCACCAUCCGCUUGUACAAGGGUCUGAAGUGCCCUCUGGACAACUUCGAGUUGGUCCAAUUCCAGAGUCGCAGCCGCGCUUUCUCGCUGUGUCCGCUGUGCUACAACGACCCCCCCUUCGAGGAUUUCGGCAAAAAAGGCAUGAACUGCAUCGAUUGUGCGCACCCUACAUGUGCGAAUGGUCCUAGGUCUGUGGUUCUGACGUGCUGCCCCGAGGAAUGUGAGGGGAAGUUGGUCCUGGACGUCAUUAAUGGCGCACCCAACUGGAGGUUCUUCUGCACCGUCUGCGCGUACAAACUGCACGUCUCAGACAAUGCCAAGAAAAUCUCAAUCGUUCCCGACUCGGAGUGCGAGACGUGCGGCAGCCACUACGCUAAGUUCGAGCUGAAGGACGGCACUCCGCUGGAGGGCUGCGUGUUCUGCAGCGAUAGCAUGAAGAAGUAUCUGGUUAACCCGUUAGUUUUGACCCGGUGUAGCGUCACAUGUGCCCAGGCCGAAGAAGUUCAAUCACCACCGGAAGUUCAAGCGCACAGGACGACCCAGCCGCGGCCGAGGCCGCCACUGACGUAG